GUGGAUGGCAAUGGGUGGUCGAGUCGGUUUAAAUGGCUUAUGACGACCAAUUCGCUCGUGUUCAAGUCUACAAUAUACCCUGAAUGGUUUACAAACCGACUCUCCCCCUGGGUCCACUACAUCCCCAUCCAAAUUGACUACUCUGACCUCUACGACACCCUCUUCUUCUUCCGCGGUGACCCCUCAGGCCGAGGGGCGCAUGAAGAGCUCGGAGCGAAGAUUGCGAAGAGGGGGAGGGAGUGGAGUAGGGCAUUUUGGAGGAGGGAGGACAUGACUGCUUAUUUGUUUAGGUUAUUCCUCGAGUAUGCAAGAGUCAUGAGCGAGGAUAGAGAUUCACUUAAUUUUCAGCUAUAG